CCAGGAUUCCGCAUGAUGGCGAAACCGCCGAAACAUGUCUCGUACAAGCUCUUUGUAGCGCGAUCGUACCACAGGAAAACCUUCGGAAGCUCAGUGAAGGUACAUCAUCGACUGCUGUACCUACGCUGACCAUCCCCCAGAAUUUUCCGUCCACCGCUCGCACAGACUAGACAGUUCUCCUCGACCGGCAUUCACCCGAACACAAGGCUCUCGAACCUUUCUUCUCACUCCUUGUUGACUACCUUCCACUUCCCAAGACCCAUAUGUCAGCGGUUUGGAAUAUCACCGAACGCUUGUUUUCGCUGGCUCACCGGAUGGCUCCUUGUACCAAGUCAAUUUUUUCUGCCAGCAAUCUGAAACGCACACUGGUCAAACAAUUGAAGCUGUUGGAGGCGCAGGCGUCAACUUAUCAUCCGCAUCACCAACGGGAGUGAUUUUGCCGCUAGUUCACAAUCUACUCUUGAAUGUUCGAAAACGCUCAUAAUACUUUUUACCGACUUCUACCACUCCACCAAUUGCUACGAGGCCCAAAUCAUUCUUCCCCCUACACCACGCAUGCGUCAACUUAUCAUCCGGAUUCCGCAUUACUAACGGGAACCUGGGUGAUUUUUCCCUUACUCAGGCGGGUCAAAUUGGCCGAGAAUGUCGACCCAGACCCCAGGUGGCAUGCAGAUAUCAUCCAUUUGAAAGGGGAAUUCGGGCCAAUAGGUUCCUCCGACAUCAAUAUAAAAGCAAGGCUUCUUCCUACUGUCCCCUUCAGAUUUAUUUCAUCCCAUAUCACAUCUUCACAAACAAUGCGCUUCGCCUUUGUCCUCGCCGUCGUUGCUACUUUGACAGCAUCAAUAUCUGCCCAUCGCCACCACGCGUGUCCCGAAUAUUGCAAGGUGCCAGCAGACUGCGGUGGCUGUCCAUAAUAUCUGUGCCUCCAACACAUGUCUUUGAGUGAGCGGCAUUAUGCAUAUCGCCGCUCGCAACAGAGAACUACAGUGAGUCACAUUUCUGUUUUCGCAUUGGUACAGUAUGGUUGAUGGCACAACGCGUGGGUUACUAGUAGUUUGUUGCUGAGUUCUGUGCUUCUGAACAAAUUUUACUGCUGCUCAAGCAACGGAGAUCUUGGGAUAGAGGAAUUCUGAACACAUAGAAUAUGUCUGA